AGACAUGGCCAACAGCAACUCGGUGCGUUUCAAAAAGCCGUUUGUUGCCCAACUCCGGGAUUAUGGUCACGCUUGUAUACAGCCUUAUUCAUUCUGCUUCAGUCCCCACGGCCAGAUCGAGUCAUGGCUGCACAGUUGCCGUCGCCAAGUACAUACUGACAUGUGUAUGCGCAUACGCCUCGAGGCCCCAGAAAUCGACAACGGCGAGCUCCCUACUAUAUCGAUACGUACGCACGCCACCGCCCACCGCCAUCGGCCCAGCUAACGGCACACGCAAAUACGCAAAACUCAACCAAAGCAGCCACGCGAGAAGGCAGCAU